GGAGGAGAAAGAGGAGGCAGCGGCGGGCGGGGAAAGGAGCGCCGCGGAGCAGGCGGGGGGAGCAGCAGAAUCAAAACAAGCGAGACACGCCUUUCCCGCUCGCUCGCUCCCUCGCUCGCGCGUCUUCCCGCGGCCCGGCGGCUGGGGUGGGUGUGCAUGCGGCGGGGCCGUGGAGAGCGCGCGGGAGGGCGCCUUUGCUCCUCCGCCUGACAAUGGAGCUGCAAUAAGCCGCGGUCGGUGGCGGAGCCCAGCAGCCGAGCAGCAGCAGCAGCGAGAGAGGAGGCAGCAGUAGCAGCAGCCGCCUCCGCCACCGUCGCCUUCUCCGCCUUCUCUGGCUUCCCGCUGCCGCGACCCGCUCCUCCUCCUCCUCCUCCCUCGGCGAUGCCGAACCAGAAGAGUAGCAAGGGCAAGAAGAACAAGCGCGCCAACAGCAGCGGGGACGAGCAGGAAAAUGGAGCCCUGGCGGCGGCGGGGGCGGCGGGCGGAGGAGCAGCGCUGGCCGCCGUGGUGGCGGCGGGGGGAGCCAGCGGGCCGGCGGCGGCCGCGGGCAGCGCCGGAGGCUCGGGAGGAGCGGCGGCCGCCGCGGGCUCGGCGCCGGGAGACUCCAAGAACGGUAGGCACCCGGGGAGGCCGAGAGGGGGGCGGCCAGGCGGCGCGGGCGGCCGCGCAACUUCUCCCACUCUCUCGCUCUCCCUCUUGCGCGCACCAUCUCGCUCGCUUCCUUCCUGCUCCUGCGGAUGGGCAGGGCGGGCGGACUCUGACUGGCGGCGCCCUAGUAGGUGCGAAGCUGCCCGGGCCUUCGAUGGCGCAGCAGUCCGAGGAUGUUUAAAAAAGAAAGAAAGAAAGACCGGGGGGGCCGAGCGAAAGGAAAGCGCGGGCCGUGCUCCGAGGGCGGCCGCAAGUGCGUGCGCGGCCUGCCUGCCCGCGCUCGCCACGCUUGCAAAUGCACAUGGCUCCGAAGCGUGCACUGGGAGACCCUGCCUCCCUCCCUUAAUUGCAAGGGUCCCGAUCUCGGCCACCUUCCGCCCCUCUUUCUUUUCAAAAGCUUGCGAUUGACGCUUGGAACCGAAAGUAGGGUGGCCUGCCUUUUCGGCUCCCAUGCCCGGUGUGGCAUAUUGAGACACUGCUGGGCCUGAGGUGUCGGACUCGCCAUGAAUGGAUUUGAGUCAUCCUCGUGCAAGGCUGUGUGUGUCUGUGUGUGUGUGAAGUCGGGAGAUGCGGGGAAGUGGCCUAACAUCUACUAGCAUGCUGCACACGUGCGCACCCCGCUUCUGAGGCCUGCAGUUUUCGGCAGCUGGCCUUUGUUUUAACACAGCCGGAAUCGUUUGGUUCUGUUGAAAGAAAUGUGCAAAUGCUGGGGUGCUGUUUGUUUAUAAGACUGGUCGGUAGAUAGUCCCGUGUCCAUACGUUUAAUCCUGACUCUCUCAUUAUGGGCGUCCCUGCCCAUCAGUAUCUGUUACCUGAGGCCCCACUCAUCUGCAUGCCGUGCAGCGCUCCCCUUACUUUUAUUAAAUAUAUUAGGUGCCGAGUAACUAGGUUAGACAGUGAAUGCUGAAUAAGCAUUAGAAGGGCAGAAUAGAAAUUAUUUGUAUUAAUAGGGCAGCGUAGAAAUUUUUGUAUAAAUAAAGAUCCUGUCCAUGAUUAUCAAAUGUGCAUACCUAGCUGACCACUUUGAACAUGCCCUCGAUUCUGAGCAAUUGGUGUUGAUCCUCAAGCUUUAGCCAGGUUGCUGAGCCUUUUUGGCCAGCUGACCUCAUUGUACCAUGGUUUGAAUUGCUGGGAACAAGAGAUUGAUUAAAUAACUCCUAUAUAUGCAGCAGGACUGAUGUGUGGCCCAGCUGCCACUGUGCCAUUGAUCUCUCUAUACUUACCUACCACCAUCUGUAAUGAACAGGAGCUAUUGCUUUCUCUUCUCCCUGACCCUUCCCUGUAGGUCCUGGGUGGAGGGGGGUGGGAAUGGUUGUGCCCAUAAUAAUAUUGCAUUGUGAGUCCUUCAGGUUUGAGUGGAAUGGGAUGCCUAUUUUGUAGGUGAAUUUUCUUCUUUGGAAAGGUACUGGUGGGUGCUUGGAUUGCUUUGGUCCAAGGGUGUGUGUAAAUACAAACAAAACUAUUGGACCCAUGAAUAAAAGUUUGGAAAUUAGCGAUGUAAAACUUCUGCACCUAGACAUGGUUAUUUGCAUGCUUUAAACAUUAAGAAUAGGGUUGGUAUUCAACGCUGGUUUUAUUUAGAGUAGAGCCACUGAAAUCAAUGGACAUAAUUAACUGCAUUUCAGUGGGUCUUCUCUGAGCUGGACCAGUGUUGAAUAGAUCUCUAGGAGUUUGAAGGAAAUAGGAAGAAUUUGUGCUUUGCUUCUCCUGCCUACUACAGUGAUGUGCACAAUAACUGCUGUCUCCAGUUAUUAUUAGUGCCCUUUCCAGCAAAACAAAAUCAGAAAAUUUGCAGUCACCAGGAGUAGCUUUGGGCACAAUGCCUGCUAGUGAUGAAAUAUAGCAAUCCGAUAGUUUGUGCUAAAUAUAGGACAGAUUUGGAUGAGGUUUGAUAGUGCAUGUGUGUAAGGAUGGCUAUUUUUGCAUCUCAAUAAGGAUAUGUUCCCAGACUUUGGCUCCUCUUCCUCAAGCUGGCAUGUUUCGAAAAGAGUGUGUAGAGAGAGUGGGUGAGUGGGCGAGCAUGAGAGGAGCAGGAGUGGGAUUUGCUCCCUUUGCAACUUGUACACUUCUAAAAAUUAGGGGGAUACUGUGGUCUUUUCCCCCAUCCUCCACCCCCUAUCUAUUGCACUACUUGGUGCACAAAUCCAUUUGUUUUUCAAACAGUACUUAGUUUGUUGUGGAGCAUCUAUAUCCUACAAUAGUAUUAGCUCUCAUGUUAAUAGGAUUUCUUUUCUGAUUUCUUUUCUUACAGUUUUUGUAGCAAAAUUAUAUUGGGACAUGGCCCAGAGGCUCCCUGGUAGUCAUCAAAACACUGGUGUGAUGCUUGCUGUAUGCUACUGGGUUCCUGACAAUUCCAGUGUGCAGAUUCUACAAGGCUUGCUGUCUGUUGUAGUGGCUUAGAUAAAUUUGAAGUGUUUAAAUGGCACAGAAAGUUUCAAGAAAGAGCAAACAGAAACACACACGCGCGCGCGCACACGCACACACACACACACACACACACACACCAUGAAUCAGAAAGCAUUUCCUAAAGUUACAGUGUUUUAAAAAAUAGAUUGUGGUUUGGACUCCUAUAAAAAAGUAAAUAAAAACAUGUGUGCAGAUUUCUCCUAUCAUGGUGUAGAAAAAUCUCCUAUUAAGUUUUUCAACAACUGCCUCAAAUUUGCAGGUAAGAAUUUCAGAGUUAAGUGUACAGUGCAGUAUGAAAAUAAGUAUCUGAUGGAAGAUUAGAAGCAGGUGAAUGCAAAUUGUCUGGAACCCUUCAGGCCCUGAUAUAUUUUAAGCUGAGUCCUGAGGUCAAAGAAACUGUUAACCUCUGCCUGGCAUUGUAUUCCUUGCUACAUCAUGCUCACUCACCUUGAAUAUUUUUUGCAUUGUUAAAGCACUUGUGGGUAUUCAGAUCUGCUAAGAUUAAUGAGACUAUGGGGGAAUCCAGACAUGCAUAUCAGUGGAGUACAGAACACUUGGUAACUCACAAAUGAAUGUGUUCACUGAUGCUAUUUAAAAGAGAAAUCAUGGUGUCUUGGAUUAUAUGGAAGUUCUACCUGUUGUGUGUGAUCACUGAUAGGUCAUUCACACGUGCACAUUAUAACGAUUGUUUACCACCAUCAAGUGGUGAGCAUACUGUGUGAACUAGCCCUGCAUUUGCCUUAGUGGUCUUCUCAGCAACAAACCGAGCCAAAGUUACUAUACACUACUGCAGGCUUAAUUGUAAUGUGUACUAUACUGUAUUACACUUAACAAAAGAUUGUUGUUUAGAAUAGGUUUGCAAUGAGCUUUAGUCCCUGUUUUAUGAGCCAUUAACUUGUUAAGUUAUAAAGGGGAAGGUACAUGUUUGUACAUAAUGAUAAAUCAAGAACCUUGGCUUAAUAAACCAUACUUAAUAUGCAGUCUAUGCUCCCACUUUCCUCUUUCAGGAAAAAGAAUCAUGGUUUGUUUUCCAUUAACAACCCAAGAUUUGUAAGCCAACAACAAACCUUGGUGUAAGGCUGGUCCCCCCCACCAGCUUGUUAGGGAGAAACAAACUUGGAUCCCAGGUUUGGAUGUAACACUAAAUUAUACCCUUCCUGGUUUGUUUACCCACUCAUUCAAAAGAAGGGAAGUGGGAGCAAUUGUGCUGCAUGCAUUAGCCUGCAACUCAAGUCCAGUCAGGUUUUUAAAAGCCAAGAUUCUUGGUUUUUCACAGGGGUGGCAAGCCCAUGGAUAAUAUCUGGCCUGUGACCUGCUACCCCUCCAAAAAUUGGCUCUCUUUUCUGUUUACUGAGCUGUAAUAUCUUGCAAUGAUGUUGCACCAGAGGGAAAAGAAGAAGGAAAGAGUAAAUGGAGGGCUUUCUUCCUAAUGCAACAGUAAGCUGGGAGGAGAGGUUAAACUAAUGGGGAGGAACAACAGUGUUGCCUGCCUGCCUUAGUGUUUAUGUGUGUCAUGAGGACGUGCAUGCACAUGUGUGUGUACAUGAGUGACUGUGUGUGUAUGUGUGUAUAUGUAUGAACAAGCGUGAUUGAGUGUUUGGGCUGCUUUGGCCAUGGCCACGGCUGGCAUAUCACACUUGGAGUGUUGACAAUCCUCAGUGUGGCCCUCGAGCCAAAAAACGAUAGUCACCUCUGGUUCAUUGUUACAUACAAAUGCAACCAGCAUCUCAUACUUCUGCACAACCCAUUUUCUAUAACCUGUCACUGCUGUUGUCUUAAGCUUUUAGAUCUUCAUGAAAUGUUCAUGGCUGCUGUAGAAGUAUAUUGUGUUGUCAACUUCUUUUGCUAAAACCCUCUCGACUGGAGUUGAAUCUCCUUUUAAAAUAUACAUGUUGGGUAGAUUUCUUUUUUAAAAAAUAAUGACUUUAUGGAUUGUCUGUAUGUGAGGGAUGAGGAAGUCCAGAUGUUCCUGGACUACAACUUCAUCACCCUUGCUCACUGGUUAUGCUGGCUGGGGUUGAUGGGAGUUGGUGUCUGACUAUAUCUAGAGCAGGCUUCCUCAGCCUCGGUCUUCCAGAUGUGUUGAGGCUACAAUUCCCAUCAUCCCUGACCACUGGUUCUGCUAGCUAGGGAUCAUGGGAGUUGUAGGCCAAAACAUCUGGAGGGCUAAGGUUGAGGAAUCCUUAUCUAGAGGGUCACAUAGCCCAUGUCCUGCCAUAUAUUUCAUACCUAGGUAUAUGCGCAACUGCCUUAUACUAAGUCAGACCAGUGAUCCAUCAAGCUUCAAUGUUCUCUUCAUUAACUGGCAGUGGCUGUCUAGAAUUUUGGACAGGGAUCUUUCCAAGCCCUACCUGGAGAGGCCGAGAACUGAAUCUGGGACCUUCUGCCUGCAAAGCAGAUGCUCCAUCACUCAGUUGCAGCCCUUGCCUUUUUUAAAAAAGCCCUUAAGUAGCCCCUACUAAAGGAAACGUGAAAUUGUAGAGUAGUUGGACUCCUUUUGUUAUGAAAUUACGAUUUGUUCUUACACCUAUUCUACUGGCUGAGAGCUAAUUCAAACACGCAACUUUUAGCACGUAAUACUGUCUUCUCAAGGCUUUCUACCAGCUCAGUAUUCAGGUACUGGGUGUUUGAAAACACCCCACAUCACUUUAUAAGCUUCUGUAUGUAUAAAGGUAGCAUGCCACCUUGAUUUCCACAUGAAUGGAGGUUUUGAUGUUUUUCAGGGGUGGUAUAGGCACAUGAGAGGGCUCUACCAGUGUGUUGGACCAAUGUCUUAGACCAAUUUGGAAUGAAUGCUAGCAGAGACUUGCUUUAUUUCUUCAUAGUUGUACAGAAGCUGCCAUUUUGAGCUGAUAUUAAUCAGCAUUGCAAAAUGUUACAAAUCCCUGACAAGUACGGUUUGUUUGUUCAGCUAGUCAACAAAACAACCCCAGACCUGCAAGGUUUGCCUUAUAUAGGCUGCAUUCAAGGUUGUCCUGAAAUGCCAUUCAGUGCUAUCUUACAGUUCUCUGACUUAAUUAUUGUUACUGUUUUUCUGCUUUUGAGCAAGGGUGGAAAACAUGCAGCCUUUGACCCAAUUUCAAAAGUCUUCUACAAGCACUCAGAUCAGAUCUCCUGGUUGCUUCCUCAGCAGCCUGCUGGGCUUUAAGGAGUAGAAAGAGAUGGGGUGACCUGAUUCACUUUUGGUUCUGGUUCACCCACUGCUGGCUUUCGUCCUGCCCGCAGCAUGUGGUCCCCAACAUACUACUCCUGAAGAAAGGCAGCCAUCAACAGACGAAAGGUUGCCUAUUGCUGCUUCAAUUCGGAGUGAAGGCUCCUGAUUGUCCCUCUGCAAGUGUGGGGCUCUCACUCUUGAUUGUUCCUUAGCAAGCGUGGUUUGCCUUUGGUACUGUUAAAUUGGGUGCUGAAUGCAAGCUGCUUUGGUUUGCUUGGGAUUGGAGCCCCCUGAUGUCAUAUGAUGUCAUAUGAUUAACAACUGGGCAGCCAUGGAGGGUUGGCCGUGAUUGCUUAGACAUUGGGCCAUACGUGGGCUGAUUUCUGUAUGAAACAGUAUCUUUUGUUCCGUUCCUGUAAGUGACUGAAAAAAUGUUGUAUUCAUUAUACAGUACUUCCCAGAAUUGCCUCCAGAGGCUGUUGUACUAUGGGGAUGGAAAUGAACUUUCAAAGUUGAGUGGUGAGCCAGCAGCAGAAAAUGAAAGCACAGAGCAAUUCUAAAUCAUGGUUUGCUUGUUCAUACACGAGAAGGUUCAAGCUGAGGUGGUGUUUGAGUUGAGUAUAUGCCGGCUUGCUGAAUCCAUCCACUGUACCUUGUCACUUAGAGAGAAGAAGCUCAUGCAGCUUUUAAUCCUUCUCUCUCAAUAUAUGGGCAGUAAGGAACGUGCUAAGGAUGGACCAAAAUUCCCUGUUGCAGUUCAUGCUCUGGCUGGGAUGCUAAGAAGCAGUAUGGGUUAAUUAUGGGUGCGUGUGUAUAAGUGCACAUGCUUGCCUGUUUGCAAGGUGGAAAGACUUGGAACCAUUUCCUGCUCAAGAUACAGCUAUCAUUGGGUCACUAUCUUAGAGGAGAGGGCAGCAGGAAGUUAAUGUGGAUCUGAGUUGAAGAUCAAAGAUAAAGCAGCGCUGGUAGCAAAGCUUGUGUGGGCAUCUAAGAAGUGCUUGGUCCAAAUCAAAAGCUGGAAAUUGGGAUCUGUUCCAUUCUUGGCAGUGGGACUUUUUUGUUGAUAAAAUGUAAAGGGGGAAAGUGUAUAUCUUGAGCUCUUUGGAGGAAAGGCUGGAUAUAAAUGUAAUAAUAAUAAUAAUAAUAAAUUAACCCUCCUCAACUGCAUUGCCCAUUUGGAGAUUUUGCUGAUGGGGUGUGUGUGAGGGUGUGUGCAGAUGUGCGAGUGUCUGCCUAUGGUUCAUCUGUGUGGCAAACUUUGGUCCCAACCAACUUUUGGACCCCACCCAUCACUGGCCUCCUUCUCUUGGAUUGAUGGCGACAAUAGAAUCUGACCUUCAGGAUCAAAAAAGGUUCCCUACCCCGGCCUGGAGAAGAGAGGGUUUGAUUUCUACCUGAAAAAUGAGAGAGGCACGUGGGUGAACCAAAUACUUGUCAUUGACAGCAGUACUUGGUUUAACCUGAAUAUACCCCAUUUAGAACUGUUUUCUUUUUACUGUUGUAAAUGGAAUACAUUUGCAUUCAUCCUUCUUUCUAUAGAAGCUUGAUUGCUUUUAGAACUCCUGUGCAAGCACUAACCUGUUUUGAGUUUUUUGAGUGAUCUGAUUGAAGGGGAUUUGGCUAAUGCAACAUUUAAAAACUUGCUUGUCACUUUAUAGUUACUAAAAGCUCCACUGUUGCAAGUUGUAACGUACGGUAUGUGUUACCUAAUUAGGCCUGUACUUAGCUGCUCCUUUUACUAUGUCUCUUUUAAGAGCUCGUGUACGUACUAUAUUUCACCUCAUAGCUGUUGUACAAAGAUGUAAUUGCUGUUGUGGUUAUAAAAGCUGAGCUGAAUGUUUCUCAUUUCUAAUCUCAAAAGUAGUGAUUUGGAAGACCCUGAAAAUCUAUCGUUUUUACCUUUAGCCUCCAUGACUGGGUCGGUAUUUGCAGUUUAUCAGCCUUUUGCUGCCUCAGUAGCUACCCCCCUUUCACUCUCCUCAUGUGAUCCCACCUAAUCAGAUCACUGGAUGUGAUGAUGCUACAAUCCUGUGCAUCCAUUCAGACUUGGCUGCUUACUGCACUAAGAGCAGAUCAAGUCCAUUUACAGAGAGGCAAGGCUUCCUAUUCAGGUCACAAUCAUGGAUCACAGAACUAAUAUUUCUGCUGUCCUUUUGACACAAUUCCUGAAAAAACUGCCCAAAUGUGGUGUGCUUUUUUAACAUUCGGAUUAAAAUUUUAGCAAGACAUUUGGGCACAAUUCUAUUACUUAUCUUUGAACGAUUACAAACUACUUUAGAAGCAGUAGCUGGUGGUAAGAGAUAAGCAAGAAUCUGAUCAGGCAGCUGCUGUGGUUUGGGAACAGCAGCAUUCUUUGGGAAGAUGGCAGUUUCGACUAAGUCUAAUUUAUUGAGUCAUACAGUAUAAACCUAACACCACAAAGGGCAGAUGACAACAGUUUAAAAUAUCUAACAUUAAAGGUACCAAGUGAAGUGAAAACAGCAAUGUUCUUACCUGCACACUCGAACACACACACUUUUUAUACUGUCUAAUAAUCUCCCUCCCCUUACGCUAGAUGGGCAACUGCUACCUUUUUGCAAGCUAUAUCUGAUCAUUCAGGUAUGUGGAGUGUUGCUUUGUGUAAGACUUGGUUUUUUAUGAACAAAGGUGGUAAAGAAAAUUCUUAGAAUAUUUACUUCAAUCUUCAGAUCACAUAUUUUGGAAGUUCUGAGAUAGAUUUGGGAAGCAGGAGUUCAAGACAAGAAUAGUGUAAUGUUAAAUUCCAGAGCUCACUGCUUUCUUGUCUUCAGAGAGCUGCAUGUUUUCUGAAUUCCAUGUUACAAAAUUGCUUCCAACAUAUAUGCCAAUCUAAAGCUAUUUUUUCUGUUGAAUAUCACUUCAUAUUAUCUACAAAUCCUUUCAGAAUAACUCUUGUAAGAAGAUUGCUUGACUUACAUCAUCAUCUAGCCUCUUGUAUUGCUACUGCAUAGUUGACAUGUAAAAUCAAUCUCUAUUCACCUUUCUUACAGGAUGCUACAGAUACAUAUUAGGCUUUCUUCAUAAUUUUGUAGGAACACAUCUCUGUGUAGUUUUCUGGCCCCAUUCCACCCCAGUACUUGGCAGUUUUUUAAGUAGAUCAGAUGUCAGGGCUAUGUGUAAAGAAACUAUGACCUUAUUGUGUUCCCAGUGGUUAAUGUCCAAAACAUAGUCUUGAACAGAGUCUCCCACCAUUCCACACACUAGCAGGAAGUGUACCCUCAUACUGAGUGUUAAUAAUAUGCAUAGAUGCAAGAAACAUGACUUAUCUGAAUCUGUUUCCCUUCUUAGAGGCAAAUUAUCUCAUAGCCCCUUUGCCACCAGGUAGGAUAAAUGGGGAUUAUAGACCCCCUAGCGGUCUAUACAAUUUAGAAUGUGAUGUUGGUGAGGUAAAGGUAAACCACUGAGUCUCUUGGCUUACCGAUCAGAAGGUCGGCGGUUCAAAUCCCUGCGAUGGGGUGAGCUCCCAUUGCUCUGUCCCAGCUCCUGCCAAUCUAGCAGUUCGAAAGCACACCAGUGCAAGUAGAUAAAUAGGUACCGCUGCGGUGGGAAGGUAAACGGUGUUUCUGUGCACUCUGGUUUCUGUCAUGGUGUCCCAUUGUGCCAGAAGCAGUUUAGUCAUGCUGGCCACAUGACCCGGAAAGCUGUCUGCAGACAAAUGCCAGUUUCCUCAGCCUGAAAGUGAGAUGAGUGCCGCAACCCCAUAGUCACAUUGGACUUAACCAUCCAGGGAUCAUUUAUCUUUACCUUUUUUUUUGCCUCGGUGUUGAUUUUUUUCUGAACAGCACAUGUACUUGGGUUUGGUGCUGAAUCUGGAGUGAGAAAUGGUUUAAAGUGAAUACCUUUUAAAAUAUCACUGAAGAACAGUUUAAAUGUGGUCCUAGGCAGGCUAAAAUUGUUUACCUAGGAGGUGAACUCCUAGUUCAUAGUGCAUAGUGCAUAGUGACUGAGGUCUUGAUUUAAACAUGAAUCUGGCAGCUUGGAGUUCUACACUAGUAAGCAUUUUAAACUUAUUUGGCUUCAUGUUUUAAUCAGAUUUCAUAGUUCAUGGCUUAUGUUUAUUUGCAUGCUAGGCAGUUUUCAGUGGUUUUAACAGAUUCUGGAGUGGCCAGUUGCUAAUGUGGCUUCUUUUUGAAAUAGAAUUUUUCAACAAAAAUUUGCAUAUGUUUGCAUGUAUUUUGUACCUUAGGACUACUCGUAUCUUGAUAAAAUUUAAAAUGCCUCUUCCAUCCCUCUUCCAAGCCCCUUCUUCCCUUUUCUACUGAAUUUGUUAUGAACGAUUAAAAAUAAAAUAUUUUUUUAAAAAAUACACAUAAUAAAAUAACAGUGUUCAACACCUUAAUAGACAAUAUUUUAUUAAAACCAUGGGGGUGGUGGGGGUGGCAUAGGAAUAAAUUAGUGAGAUUACAGUACAAUCACUGCUCCCCCAGCCCUACUUCAUAGGGACUCCAUGGGAAGUCAGCUGUGUCCUGCUGGUCCCGAUUGUGGAGAUGAAAGGAUACUGAUUUUGCACACACAAUGAUUCUGUUGUCGAAUAGCAAAAGCAGCCUUCCCUGCACCAGGGAAAAUGUACGAGGCAGCCACACCCCACACUCUUGCAUGCAUAUGCAGUCACACAUGCAUCUCUCUGUGUAUAUGUCUGUCUCUCACACCAAGCAAUUUCAGAUGCACACAACCACACAAAUAUGUCUCUAUUUCCUCAGGUACAUGUCUUCCUCUCUCACACGCACCGCCCAUGCACAUAAACCUCCUCUUCCUCUCUCUCUCAAACAAACACACUACCUCUCUGCCCAACUACAUCUGACUGCAUUAGACUACACCCCUUUGUUUCACAUGCACACAGAAAACAUAUAUAUCCUUCCCUCCAUCAGACAUCUUCUACAGCAUCUCACCUGUAUAUUUGGGUAUACACCUCUUCAAGUUGUUUCCAGUUCUCUCUGUUGUUUGCUUGCUGCAUCCACACAAACCCUGCUGUUAGUUUUAGUAGUCCAUCUGUCACAUAUAUUUCUGUCCCCAUGGUCUGUUAAUAUUGUAGGGUUUCCACACCAGCACUGCUUUUGCUCCAUCAACCUGAGCUUUCUCUUGCCGCAUGCCCUGCAUGUGACCGUUUCAACUUUGCAGUCUUUCCCACUUGCUCUGUAACUUUUUAUCUUUGUUGGGUCCAAUUAUUAGUUUUUCUUUAUUUUAAUGAUGUGCCUAACAUUGCUCAUUCCAGGGCAUGUUUCAUUGCUCUUAACCUUUUCAUGUUUCUUUGUGUCAUGGUCCAGUUCUCUGCUCCAUAACACACUAGGGGUAAUAUACACAUAAUGAAUGUGUGCAUAGCUUUCAGAUCUGAGGAGACAUUUUCAUUUUUCAUUAUGAAGCUGAGUUUCCCAAAGGUGGCCCAUUAUUAUUUCCUCCCCCCCCCUGCUUUAUUCUUCGGUUUGAUAUUCUCUCCCCAGUAUAUAUAUUGUCCUAAAUAGAUGUACAGUGGUGCCUCAGGUUACAGGUGCUUCAGGUUACAGACUCCGCUAACCCAGAAAUAGUACCUUGGGUUAAGAACUUUGCUUCAGGAUGAGAACAGAAAUCGCGCAGCAGCAGCGCGGUGGCAGUGGGAGGCCGCAUAAGCUAAAGUGGUACCUCAGGUUAAGAAGAGUUUCGAGUUAAGAACGGACCUCCAGAACGAAUUAAGUUCUCAACCUGAGGUACCACUGUAUUCUUUAACUUGCUCUGUUUCCAUCCAACAUAAACACCACAAAUCUCUCCCGACUCUCUGUCACAAAUUACACGUACGUAUCUCUCAGUCACAGAUGCAUAGAAAACAAACUGAGAGAAGAGGAACAGGAGAGGCAAAAAGGAAUGUGAGUAAAGAAUGAAUGUGAGCAAAUGUAGUUACUUGCUUUUGUUUCAAGUUGAGAUGAGGACAGCUUACGGGGUUCAGAACACGGCAGUCUGAUCCAUUAGGGGUUUGUUGUUGUUGUUUAGUUGUUUAGUCGUGUCUGACUCCUUGUGACCCCAUGGACCAAAGUACGCCAGGCACUCCUGCCUCCUGCAGUUUGGUCAAACUCAUGUUAGUAGUCCAUUAGGGGUAGCUAACCUUUUCUGGGAUGCAUUCCGCAUUAACCCAUGGUCAGUGUGCCAAGGCCCAUGGUGCAAAAGUGGGUGUGACUAGUCUUUAUUGAAUAGUAUACAUACUCAACCUGGGAGUUCCAUUGAACUAAAUGUAACAUGUAUAGAAAUGCAUUUGUAAAAGGUUUACUAAAUAAUACAGUGGUACCUCGUUCUGGAGGUCCGUUCUUAACCUGAAACUGUUCUUAACCUGAAGCACCACUUUAGCUAAUGUGGCCUCCUGCUGCUGCCAUGCCGCUGGAGCACGAUUUCUGUUCUUAUCCUGAAGCAAAGUUCUUAACCCGAGGUAAUAUUUCUGGGUUAGUGGAGUCUGUAACCUGAAGCGUAUGUAACCUGAAGCGUAUGUAACCCGAGGUACCACUGUAUAUGAUCUGCUGUGCCUUCCUAGUAGGUCUGAGAUUAAUUAAUUAAUUAUAUCAAAUGGAUCGCUUUAAAUGACUUGAAAGUUUGAGCCAUUUAAUUUAACUUAUAGUAUGUAACUAAUCAGGAAAUGCUGGUUUUUUUAAAUUAAAAAACCCCUUUUUUGUAAACAAAUGCUUCUAAAAUUGCAAGUUGUAGGGAUAAUCUUAGAAGAGGCAUUUCCUCUUUUUAUCUCGCAUAGGAAAGAAUAUAUCUUCUGGGGCACCUAUGCAAAACUAGGUUUGAGCCACAUGCAAAUUUAAUUGAUUUGGAUUUCUUUAAUUGCCAACUUUGCAAUGGUUCACUAGUUUCAAGAACUGUAUAAAAAGGGGUGUUUCCUCUCUGAGCACUUCUUUUACUUGGGUGCUAUUGGAUUUUAUGGUCUCGGUCUGGAAGAAUUGGUAGACCCUUAGCUAGCCACCUUAUGUUUUUAUGCAAGAUAUUUAACUCAAAUUAUUUCCUCAUACCUCUUAGUCUUCCUAAGGUACAAUUUUCUUCACACCAGGAGGUCUAAUUUCUGAAAGUGAAAUUGCAAAGACUUUUACUGUUGGAAAUCUGUGUUUUAUUAGAACAGCUGGUUGAAGUUCAUCAAGUGUAUUAAAGGCCAUGGGAAAUUCAGACAUUGGAAUGCACAAGCUUUUAGUAUUGUAGAGCUUGAAAACAUCUUCUCCCUCUUAGGCUUGUCUUUGCUUAGUCGUAGGCACAAUUUUUUAAAAGGUGGAUUUAACCCAUAUGGCUUGAUUGAAUAAGUUCUUUAUGACAUGCACAGUUUGGAGAAGAUAGCAAUCAGAGUUUCAUUUUGUUUCUGAUUAAUUUUGGGCUCUAAAAUAAAAACAUUUAGGAUGAAGGCCGAUCUGGAAAUAAUGAGCUGUGGGUCCUUUUAUAAAGGAUGCAUUAUGUUUAGGCAGCAAUGCAACAUAGAACUUGUUAAAUUAUUUUGUUACUAAUUCAAUGAACAUGGUGUUGCAAUUGAUAAUGUUCCUUAACGUUGUGAGUCACAUUGAGAAUUUUGUUAUGGAGUGGGUUGUAUAAACACCCUAAGUAAAAUAAAUUAUUGUUGAACCUGGUAUCUUAAACAAGACAUUCCUGGUGUCUUCUGGAGGAAUUUUCACUUAGUCAUUGUUGAGAGCAAAACAUACUGUAUUUUUCCAUGUAUAAGAUGCCCCCAUGUAUAAGAUGACCCCUAUUUUUUUAAACCCAAAAUUAAGAAAUUAAGUUGUUUAGCUUCUUUGGGGGGUGGGGGAGGUCACUUCCGCCAAUUGCUUACCCGCCUGCCCCCCACUGUUGAAUGCAUGCCACAGCCACUGCCGAUCGUACACCUAGCCGCAGCCGCCAAUUGUUUGCCCACCUUUGCCAUAGCUGCCAAUCGCCUGCCCAAUUGCCACAGCCAAAGCCAAUUGCCAGCAGGUCUUGCCGCAUCCACCAAUCACUCACCCAAUUGCUGCUGCCGAUCGCCUGCUUGCUGCAGCCAUUAAUCACACACACCCUCUCUGCAUUCACUAUCUGUGUCUAAGACGACACCCAAUUUUUGCCUUCUUUUUUUUUUAAGCAGAAAGCAUUGUCUUAUACACGGAAAAAUAUGUUAAGUGGCUUGAUAUCUCCCUUCCUUGAAACGAUAUGGAUGCCUCCAUUACACAUUCCUCAGUUUGUAGAAUAGUACCAGUGCGUUCAUGCAGCUUCAUUUGUGUACCAGAAGCCCUGGAUUGUCUCAGGAUAACUUGUUCUUGAACCCUUUGAAUAACAAUGGCAGAUACUGAUUGCAUACAAUACAAUUGAUACAUUUAUCUGUUCUUUGUCCUGCAGAAGCUGCUUGUGCUACCCCACUGAUAUGUAGCUUUGGACGGCCUGUUGACCUCGAAAAAGACGACUACCAGAAAGUGGUUUGCAACAAUGAACAUUGUCCCUACAGCACUUGGAUGCAUCUUCAGUGUUUUUAUGAAUGGGAGAGCAGCAUUCUGGCCCAGUUCAAUUGCAUCGGGAGAGCAAGGAGUUGGAAUGAGAAGCAGUGUCGACAAAACAUGUGGACCAAGAAGGGAUAUGACCUCGCCUUUCGUUUUUGCUCUUGCCGGUGUGGACAAGGCCACUUAAAGAAAGACACCGAUUGGUACCAAGUAAAACGGAUGCAAGACGAGAAGAAGAAGAAGUCUGUGUCCGAAAAGAGCACUGGGAGGUCAACCUCGGAGUCCUCGGAAGAUGUUAAGAAGUGCAGACCUGUCAACAAACCGCAGAAAGGUUUAAACCACGAUAUCCAGCGGCGGCAUUCGAUGGAUCGGCAGAACUCUCAAGAGAAAGGCACUGCUAGCAGUAGCUACCCAGUCCGUUCUCCCUGUGGUUCUCCAGGCCAGUCCCCUCCCGCCGGCUACUCUGUCCUUGCCCCCACACAUUUCAGUGGGCCUCGCUCUUCACGAUACUUAGGAGAAUUUCUGAAGAACGCCAUUCAUCUAGAACCUCACAGGAAGAACAUGGCCAAUAGCGGCAUGUUCCGGAAUGCCCACUUCGAUUAUGGGGCAUCUGGGCUACAAGCACACAGGUCGGGACAUUUUGAUGCCCCUGUCCAGUUUUUGAGGAGGCUUGACCUAUCAGAACUUCUUGCUCACAUCCCCCGGCAUAAAUUGAACACUUUCCAUGUUCGGAUGGAAGAUGAUGCCCAGGUUGGUCAAGGAGAAGAUCUACGGAAAUUCAUUCUUGCAGCGCUCAGUGCCAGUCAUCGAAAUGUUGUCAACUGUGCAUUAUGCCACAGGGCAUUGCCAGUAUUUGAACAGUUUCCUUUGGUGGAUGGAACCUUGUUUCUUAGCCCAUCAAGACAUGAUGAAAUUGAAUAUGAUGUUCCCUGUCACCUUCAAGGUAUGGGUUGCUUCAUUUCUUAAUGAAAACUUUGCAAUUUAUAUCUCAUUUAUUGUGCUGCGUUUUCUGGCAGAAAUAUACCUUACCAUGGAACUGUGUUUAACUGCAGAGAAGCUCUAUACUUGUUCAGGUGUAAGAGAAAUGGAAGAAUAUUAACACAGGAGUGGGAACACGGGGAUGAAGAUGUUAGAUCCAUCUCUAUCUCCAUCAGUCCAUGCUAGUUACAAGUCUGAAGUGAGCAAGCUGCUUCUACUUGUGAAAGUCCUUGUUACAGAGAGGGGCUUCAAGAUUCAACAUCACAUGGGUUGUCUCCAUGAGAGGCUCCUCUGCUUCAUACAGUUGAGGACAACAGGGAUUACAGGGGUGGAAAGAAAGUGCAUCUAGUGUUGUCACAGUGGCCUUUUCAUGUGCCAUAUUCUCCAAUUUCUCUUAACACCUGAGUCGGGCUAAUAUGUGAAAGGAAUAUGGGUUGCUUUGCUCUUUCUCUGCCUACUGUUAGGCCUCAGCCCUCAAUUACAGACUUUUAUUUACUCUCACAAACAUGUCAAUCUCUGCCAGGGAUGAAGUGAUAUGGGUAGAAGAGUUGAUAGGGGUGGGGUGGAAUGUCCCUGCAAAAGAAGUGAAAAAUGACAUGGUUAGGGACAGGAGAAGAAGAAUGAAGUGGUAUGCCGUGAUGGAUAUAUGAAAGUUUAGAGAAUAUUCCAACUACGUGUUUAUAGAGAGGAGGAAGGUAGAGGUUGUGGUUUUUAGUUCUUUGUGACUCUGGUUCCCUGUAUCUACAUUGGGCCAAGUGUUCAAACCAGAGUUUGAAAACUACUUCAGAUCAUAGUUUGAAGUUGCGUGUUAACCAUAGUUCACCCACUUCAUAUGUCAUGAAAUAUGCUUACAAGGAUUACUCUUGCAGCAUGCUCCCACUCCUGGUUUAGAGGAUUGCAAAAUAGUUUGUGAAUUGGACCAAUCUGGAGUGGCCAGAGUGGUGGGGGCAUUGGCAGCCUCCAGAAGGAAGAUAGGGUUUGAGUAACCUGGGUAUUCUGAAUUGGGUAGAGUUGUAUAGACACUGCACCACUUUCCUGCUUUCACAUUUGAAUCCUCUCUAUAUUUACGCACCCAGCCCAUGUACAGAUUGAUUCAUUUCUUGUGGUCUGAGCUCUUCUUUUAUUUCCUGGAACUGAGUUAAAGCAGUGACUUUGUGGUAUGGAGAAAUGGCAUACUUUUUGGUCAGUGGGAUACUUUUUGCGUUUCCUGAAUACUUCUCUAAGGGCUUAUAUGAUUUUCUGUUCUGCCCAACCAGGACAUCUAUGUAAGACCUUUAUUUCAUUAAUUCAUACUAACCUAACUUGGCAGAUGUUCAUGGCAGCUAAAUAAUAAUAAUAAUAAUAAUAAUAAUAAUAAUAAUAAUAAUAGCAGCUUAGAGGAAAUUACAUCUCUCUUCCGUGAUUUUGUUCUUCAAGGGGCUCAAGGUGAUGAACAUAAUUAGUUUUAAAAGUUUGGUUAGCUAAAAAAGCCAGCUUCAUAACCCAUGGAUUGAACUUGGCUUGUUUUGAAACUUUCUAAAGUUUAUUGUAAGUCAGGAUUCCUGGUUUGUACUACAAAAGGAGCUGCUCUUCCUUCAAAGGGAAGCUAAUCUCCACAGAAGUCCUUUUCCUGGCCAUGCGGGAGGAGGAGAACAAGGGGAGGGUGCAUCAUGUCCAUGUAUAACUAUGGUUUGGAUCGAUGUGUGAAGAAAGGUCAAAGGUCAUGCAAUGCAUUUGAUGCUUGAGUGGGAAUUCAGACUCUGGUCUCUUAGAUCAUAGUCUGGCAUACAUGCUAACUACUACACCCAACUUCCUCAAUCUCGGCCCUCCAGAUGUUUUGAGACUACAAUUCCCAUCAUCCCUGACCACUGGUCCUGCUAGCUAGGGAUCAUGGGAGUUGUAGUCCCAAAACAUCUGGAGGGCCGAGGUUGAGGAAGCCUGUACUACACCAUGCUCACUUGUUGGUUCUUAGUGCUGUUGAUCUACAUGAUUUAAUUGUGUAGCAUAAAUGCUAAACAUAUUUUCUGCAGAGUUGAUUUUAGACAACUUCAGUGCUUGUAUUUUUUAAACAUUUAAAUAGUAAUCAGAAAUUAAUAUUCUAAUAUUAAAUGUUUAGAUCUGAACAUUCGCAUUACUGUUUUUAGAGAGUAACCUCUGCUGAACAAUCCACAGUGGUAGUGGUGAAGUGAAGAAUUGCCGAUUAAUAGCAAGGAAGUGGCUGCUGCUGGUGGGAUUGGCUGUAGAGGAACAGGCAGGUUGAGAACUACAAUCCUACAAAGCCCAGUUUGUGAGAAUAUUUUGAAAAAUCUCUUUUUUUUUUUACUUCACUGGUACCUUCUGGCCAGUGUUUUAAGACUGUUGCUUACUAACAGUCAGAGUGUGAGCUACUCUUUGAAUAGUUUAUAGUCCACUGUGUAAAAGGCUUAUAUGUAGGUUUCAAGCUUUGAAUGCACUCAAUGGGUUUUAGCCAAGGAAAUCAUUUUGUUCACAGAAGGCGUUCCACUUUUGCAAUGCAACGUCCCCUCCCUCUUCUCCCAAAUCCGCACUGUUAUUUUCUUCACUUGCUGAAAUUUUUGUAAGACAGAAAGGCCACUGACCUAUCAAAUUAUGCCAGUCAUGGAAUUUCUCAACGUAUAUAUUGCAUAAUCAGAUCAGAAUAGCCAUGCUAAAUCAUGGCAAAGCUACAUUUAGGCAAGCAUCCUGUCUUCAGCAGGUCCAACCAGAGGGCCUUAGGAAGCUCAGAGUGAGGACAAGCUCAGGGUAGACACCCCCCGUUUGUUUAGAGUAGGGCUGAGGCAUCUGUGGCCUGCCAGUUACGGUUGGAUCCUGUUAGCCCCAGCCAGCAUGGCCAGUGGCCAGCGGCCAACCAUCAUGGAAUUGGAGGCUACUUCAGAGGCACGUCUAUUCCCCGUUUCUAGUCUAGAGCUGCUGGUAUCCGAGGUAAACCUGCCUGGCUAUAUCAAUUCCUCUGUGGGCUACCAUGACUGGUCACUUUUAAAACUCUACAAUAUACUUUUAACCUUCUCGUAUGCUAAUAGCCACCAUGGUACACAAUGAUGAAUUCCACCUAUUCUGCAAGUUACUGUUGAUUAUGUUAACUUCCUGCCUUCUUUACAGGAUGAACUCCACUGUUUCAAAACAGAAAAUCAUUUCUCUCUCUGCCUUUACCGGCCAUUUAUAAUCUUGCAAAGUUUUAUUACUAUACCACCUAGUUUCUCUCCCAUCUACACUUUAACAAUUCUCAACCUCUUGAAGCGGUGUCUCUCUCCCUCCCCCUCCAUACCCAAAGAUACUAUAUUUCCCUUGUUAACUUCAGUGGCUGUCGUUAAUAUUCUAGAAUAAAAAGUGGGAUGUGAGAAUAACAUUUCAAUUUAUUCAUAUAUUUUUGGAAAAGUAGCGUGUGAGAUUUCAUGUGCCCGUUAUUUAACAUGCCAAAUGGGAGCACGGAGGGGUUGCUUUAUAUGUGCCAAAAGCUGGGUAUUUCUCAGUAAUUUUAUAUGUAUAUAAGUAUUGCAGUACCUCAGUAGAUACAUCUAAGUAGACACAUGCAUCUAGGUACAAUUUCCAGAAAUUAUUAAGGUACUUCCAGAGCACAGGCCUAAAAUUUGGUAAACCUGUUGUGAAACAUACCUGUUGUAUAACAUACACAGUUAAAAAGGGCAGUUUUGCAUUAUAUUUUUUUAGAUAUUAUAUACGGCACAAAAAUGAGCUUCAGGGAGGUGAUCACAAAGGUAUAAAAUCCACAAUACAAUAUUAAAAACAGCAAAAAAUAAAUAAAUGAUAGUACAUUCUAGAGUUCAGGGUGCUACCACAUUCUCAUUUCUACACACACAGUGUACGUCUCUUACAAGUAAAACAUGGGAUCUUUCUCUGUCUCUCUCAAAAAUUUCCUAAGAUCUGCCACUAUAAAAUGGCCAAACUAACCAUGGAUGGAUGAAAUACUUCGCUAUUGCAGUUCCAAAGUACUUGGGGAGCGGUAGCUGGAAAUGUCUGGAAACUGGAACUUCCCCUUUUUCGUUUAUUGUACCCAGGAACAUACCUAAUGUUUUCAGAAUGCAUUUUCUUACCAAAAAUGUCUUUCAGAGUACCAAAUCUUUGUUUUCCUCUUUACAGGAAGGCUCAUGCACCUCUAUGCUGUUUGUGUAGACUGUUUAGAAGGAGUUCACAAAAUUAUCUGCAUAAAGUGCAAGUCCCGGUGGGAUGGAAGCUGGCAUCAACUGGGAACCAUGUACACGUAUGAUAUUCUAGCAGCGUCUCCCUGUUGUCAGGUUAGUAUACAGAAUUACAGUUUCUAUCUUAUCUCUAACUAGGCAGAAAAGAAGAAGAGUUAGAUUUCUGAUCGGUAAAGUAAGACAGCUGAGAUUUCCAUUCAAUUUAUCUAGAUAAAAUGCAUCGGGGGUGGGGGAGAGGGGAGGGCGGCAAUAAUUAGAAAAGAUGCAAGGAACCACUAUAUAUAUGUUAUGCAUGGGGGUUUCCUGAAAGCCUUCUGAUGAGGGAGAGGCAGAGUCUGUUGCAUCAGUGGUCCCUCCUUCCUGCCUUGUUCCUUUUUAUACAGCUGAAUGCUUGAAAAGGGCCCAUAGAUUUAUUAUCUUGGUAACAAGAAGGUCAGAGACUAAGACAGAAUACAUAAAAAGGCACUUCCAAUCCCUCCCUACUCAGGACUGAUUCUUACUUUAUUUCUUUGUAUUUCGGCACAUGUACCUGAAAACAAAAUAGAUGCACAGCCUUUCAAGUACGAAAGGUAGGCAUAUGUAGAAAGCUUGUUGGAAAAACCCCGCAAAACAAAUCCUGACACAGUUUCUCUUUCGGUGUUUCUGGGCUGCAUGCAGCGCUGCAUGCACAGAUUUCUGCUUGCACAACAGAACUUAUUUUUCCUCUCUUAUCCCUGCACCCCUCCCCAAACCUGCCCCGGAGGGUCCCCCCAACCCCCUGGAGUAGAGUUUGAGGGUGUGCUGGGAGAUGCAGGGGAGAGGAAAGGAGGAGGAACUUCUGUUGUGCAAGCAGAAGUCUGUUGCACAAGUGCAAUGGCAACUUUUGAUACCACCCUCUGUUGUUUUUUAAUCAAAUAUGUCUUUACUUCUCUGUUGCACAAGUAGGCAAAACAGUUAUAAACAAUAACCCUCUGUUUUAAGUCUUAAAAGAAACACAUGCCUGCCUGACUCCAAACAUAUAUGCUAUUCACACUUACUGGGGCACACAUGUCUGCCCGAGUGCAAAGAAUUAAGUGAGAAUCUGUAUCAAGUUCCUGGCUGAAUUGUAUGCGAGUAAAUGAUUUUUGAGACAUCUCUUGUUUUGUCUCCCUGCCUCCCCACACCCUCUUCCAGGCUCGACUGAACUGUAAACACUGUGGGAAACCUGUUAUAGAUGUACGUAUUGGAAUGCAGUAUUUCUCUGAAUACAGCAAUGUUCAGCAGUGCCCACACUGCGGAAACUUGGACUACCAUUUUGUGAAGCCAUUUUCGUCGUUUAAAGUUCUGGAGGCUUAUUGACAAAAGCUUUGCCAUAGUAAUAGCUAUUUUAUGAGUAUUGUUCCUUUAUUUUACAUAUCUUUUAUAAGAUCUGUUCUGUGAGGGGGAGGGGAGGGGGCUUAUUUUUUUUUUUUCUAACUGAAAGAAAGUGCAGCAGCUUUGUGUGAUUGUGUACAUGUGUUCCUAAUGUAGAUAUGUGUCAUCAAAACCGUGGUCCUCUUGCCAUGAUCUCAGUUGAAGGCAAGGGAUGGGGCAACAGAUUGUCUCUCGCUCUCUGCGCUCAUCUAAGCAGGGGGCGGGGAACACCACUCUCUUCUAAUUAGGGCAGAGUAACUUCAAGACAUGGAGAGAAGUUACGGAAACCAGCGACUGGUUCCAAAUAGAUUUCUUUUCUUGUUGUACGUGUAGAUUUGGAGGGAAGGGGGAGGAGCUUCAUAAAUGGCUCAAAGAAGUGGAUGGAAAAUCCUAUGACUGUCCUUACAGAUGGAUGGAAUAUUAUCUAUGGAACAGGGUGAUAGGACCUCCUAGCUAAGGAGCUCUUUGUCGCUAUUUCUGCCCUGGCCCCAUGCACUCAAAUACACUCCACAUCCCAGUAUGAUGUGUGGGCCGCUGAGAAGAGAAAGAGGCAUUCUGAAGGGUCUCAAGUUGGCAUAAUCUCUCCAUGGUUUAAACCACAAAGCCUCACAUCUUACCCUUAGAUCCACUCUGUGCAUUUGCUGUGUCUGGAUGAGGUUGGUGGUCAGGCUGGAUGAGAUCCCAGUGUUUGCCUCUUUCGCAAGAGAAACUCCCACGUUGUUGUUCCCUGCUGAAUUUGCCACCGUCAUCCCUGGGAGCAAGAUCUUGUCUUGAUAGUAUAAGUAGUGCUAGCUCAUAUACUUUGAGGUUCUGUCUGAUGAGGUGAACUUAAAACGUUGACAAAUGAAUGUAAUGCUAUGUCAGAAAAUGCACUGUUUAAAACAAAAAAACAACCCCCCUUAUUUUUGCAUAGUGUCUUCCUGGAGUAUAUAUUUGAUAAUCGGAGCUACUCUCACUGACAGAUCAUACUGUUUCCGCUAACAUUGUAAUUCUAGUAGUCAGGGAAGUUGCUUCUACCAAAACAAACACUGAGAUCUUAAUUAGUUGCAUUAGUUCAGCUUCUUUGAAAGCAUUAAAAAAAAAUUCUUGCGGUUCUCAGAAGGAUUAUUGAGCUCAGUGCAAAACCUGUUAUUAAGAGGUUCCGUGCAUCGGUUGGUUUGACCCUUUUGUCUCUUACUGCACAAAUGUAGGAAAUGAGGUACAAACCAAAUGGAUUGUGUUGCUUAAAGUGGUCCACUCGGAUGCCUGAAUUUUCCUGUAGGGUAGAUAAACUAAAUGAAAUACUACAUUUUAAAGAACAUAACCCUUCACUCGAGCCAAGCUGGUAUGCACCAGUGGUACAGGGUUUGUCCAAACAUCCCAUUUUAAAAAAUAACUAGAAUUGGUGUAAGCAUGCCCUAAGAUUGUGUGUAGGCUCAUGUGUAAAUGGGAAUUGUGGAAUCAGCUGAGAUGCCUUGGAAUGGCAGGCUAAAGGUUCCGAAGAGCAUCUUUGGAUCACAGAAUGGGCUUCUGUUUUAAUAGGUCUUUGUGCCAUAUAACAAACUGCAGCACUUUGUCAUGUAGUAGUGCCCUGAAGACCCCUUGGGUGCAUGGAAUUAAAUUCCAUCUUUCCUUCUUUCUUUCUUUUUUCUUUCUUUCUUUCUUUCUUUCUUUCUUUCUUUCUUUCUUUUUGCUUGUUUGUUUACCCUGGCCAUGAUCUAGGUGGUGCUAAAAUAUGAAGGUAGAUGCUACCUUAUUUUAAACCAGUUGACUUCUACUUUUGGAUACCUAUUUUGAAAUGGCAUUUUUACUUAACUUGUAAAACCUGUAAUUUAGCAUUGGGUUGAGGAAUCCAAAGUGAAAUUAAUGAACUGAUUGAUUUUUGCAUUCCCAGUAGAUUCAGAAUCAAAACCAGUGAGAUUUAUGAACAAAAAUUUCACAUGAUGUUUGUAUUUUAAUUCUUAUCAUAGGCUCCUUAUGAUUUUGUGCAAGAUGUUUGGUUUUUAAAGGAGGGAAUAUGUUAUCUUUUAAAUUCUGAUUGUCUGGAGUAUUUUGUUUUUUGGAACAGAUAUUGAAAAUGGAUGAUCUGCUUGAAAACUUUAUGGGACUAUUAUUCAUAAAAUAAUUUCCUAAGAGAAGUAGCUUAAAUUACUUUCUGUAAAUUAGCAGAAAUGUCCUUGUAGCCGGUGGAACACAUAGGCCACUACAUUGUUGCCUGGGUGUUUUAUUUGGAUGGAGUGGGGUAAGCCAUCCCCCUUGUACACUGCAGCUCUGAUCAGAUCUACCCCCUGAGCUGUUUUUAGGUGCAGAAAAUGACAUGGGAAGAGCAAAUCACAGUUCAUCAAUAUAAGGUUGAUCCUAAGUCAUUGGCACAACCUCAGUGCAUGAGAAUACACACUUAGGCUCCAUGAAAUUUACCGUAAGUGGAUCUAAUCAGCCCAAACUCCCUACUGCAUAAUAGACACUGUGUAGCUUGGCAAAAUAUAGUUUGCAAAGAUGUGACUCCUCCAUUGUACUUAAGGCAAGUAUGGAUUUAAAAUGAGUCACACAGUCCCAAAAGAAUGCAAAAACCUAAUAAAGCGAAUAUAUAACACAUAGUACGCUGCCUCGUAAACUAAGGCUUCUGCUUAAUAUUAAAAUGUCCAGUCCUUGCAACAGCUCUGACUGCUUGAACAGCUGAUGUAGUCUUUGGAUCAAAAUAAUGCUACUUAGAAUUCUCACUUCCCAAAAUACUCACUUUCAUAUAUAUUUUUCUUUGUUAAUCAAGAGGUCAGAACAACUGCAGUCAAGGUGGGUCAGCUGCAAUUAAGCUUUUGUUUGUUUUCAGCUGAACUGGAUAUAAGCAUUUUCAGAUUUUAUCUUCCAGUUUGUAUACUGCAUACAGCUAGGCAUUAUGCAUGGAUUUCAAAUCAUGUGGCGCUGACUGACCGUUCUGCAUCUGAAGGGAAGAAUGGUGGCAGUUCUGUCAUUGUAUGCCUCACUAUUUGAGGCCUGAAGCUCCUUCCAAAUUUGCAUUUUUGAUUAGGUUGCCCUCAAGAAAUCUGUGUGCGGCUCACAGAGGCCCUGAGCUCACACUUAAUGUGCAUGUUUUAUAUGCAUGCUUAAGCCCACACCUCUGAAAACAGCCUCACUGUUCUGCAGUUUGUACACAGAAGGCUGUGCUCAGUAAGUAGCUUCACAGAACGGCCAUUGUGAGGAGGGGACAGAGGGUGUGCCAGACCUCCACUUCCCUUGCUUCCUCAACAGGAACUGCCAGGAGGCCCUGUUGCCAUAGCUUCUAAGCCUUCCACGCACCUAUAUUGCCAAGUGGCACUCCAUGGGGAGCCAGAUUGUACUCUCGAGUUGCUGAUUCCUAGAGUUUAAGGUAAUGGUGGCACAAGAGUGGUAGGACUUGGUAUCUGAAACUACAGAUGACCAUGACAAGGGAGAUUCAGGCUAAGUUUUAAUGUUCCAGACCGGAAAGUGGCAAAGCAGCUCAUAGGCUACGAGAUUUAAUUUGCCUUUUAAGGAGGAGUCAAAAUUUAUGGGUCUAGCCCAAGGCUUGGUAAGGUUUUUAACUCCUUGUUGUUUUAAACCGGUGACUUUCUUACGGACACUUCAAUUGCACUGACGAAAACGUAACAGACCCUGUUCAAAUGCAUCUUCCCGUGCGCACUGGAAAGUGGCACUUGAGACCCUCAAAGAUGGAAUUUCAGUGUCUUCUGAGAUACCACUGCAUAACUGCGUGUGUCACCAUCUAAAAAAACAGUAUUUGCAGGAUUUAAAUUGCAAGGAUACAGUGUUAAUCAGAUGAAAGGUUAGGAGCUAAACCAAGAGGGCUGUGCGAAAAAGGAUAUUAAAUUUUGCCAGCAAAAAGUAUCAGUGGCUUUAUGUGCAACAAAUGUGAGUAACAUGUUGCAUAUAAAAGGUGAAAGCAGUUUUAUAUUAACAUCAUUCACAAUUGUCCACUGUAUUUUAGUACGAUCAGAGUAUUUUUGUUUUGAAACCAGCUUAGCCAUGAAAUUCUAUAUUUUAAGGCAAUUUUCCUUGAGUUAAUAUGGGCCUGGCUCCUCUUGUUCUGUUGCUUAAUGUAAUACUUCCAGGCAGGGAUGGCCAACUUGGUGGUUUGCAGAAGGUGCCUGCACUGCUCUCCAGGUUACAGCCAGAGUGCAAGGCAUGAUGGCAUCACUUCUCAGCUGCUUCCUCAUGCCACUCUGCUCACACAUCCUGAUGGGAGGAAUGCCUGCCAGGUAAGCAGUGGCUCCUUACCUGCUCUAUUUUGGCCUGGCCAGCCUCAUAUAGGAAGCAGGACUAAUUUGGCAAAAGAAGCCUGCAAGGAAGAUGCACACGGUUCUGUACCUGGUAAGCAAUCCUUUCUUCAGAAGCUGAAAGUUACUGUGAAUCUUCUGCUACGAUUCUCACACUCUGUGGCCAAGCUGCCUUGUGGGGUAAGACAGUUUCAUGGCAAGGGAACAGCGAAGACCUCUCUGGGAACUCCUGGGUUAUAUUGCAUCUGGAAAGUCUUUAAUUUUCAUCCAUUAUUUGUUUUAGUGAGAAAACAGACCCCUAAAUUCCAUGCCCAUAUAGUUUCUCCCCAAAAUAUCAGGAUGCUUUUAUUUACUGAGGCACUCACAUUGAUAAAGCUAUGUCAGAAACAUGACAGAAAGCUUCGUAUAUCACACACCUCUUAACACGUUGAAAAUGGGUGGGUUUGGGUUUUUUUGGCACUUGCAGAUAUAAACUAAGUUUUGUUCCUACUAUUGCUAUAAAAAAGGCAUUGGGAAUCAGAUAUUGUUGGAGUCUCUGAUCACUGCCAUGAUUUCUGAUCACUGCCAAAACUGGGACUAAUGGGAAUUUGAGUUGGGCAACAGGUGCCCCCAUCCCUGUUGUAAAAGUACAUUUAAAAUGGUAUGAGGGAAAAGCGCAGCAAAUCUGUAUGCAGUCCUAAGAUGUUUAGCACCAGUAGAGCCCUAAGUGUAGAGCUUGACUUCAUCUAGUAUGAUUCUGUGGCAACAAUCAAACAAGGCCCUGCUAAUCCGUUAAGUGUACCUAAGACAGUGUCAGAUUGUGGCUUUUGUCUGUUAAUAACUAACACAUGAAAUGGGUGGAUUUCUGAGAGCAAGGUUUGAGGCAACAUGUGAUUCUGUCAGUGUGUUCUGUUGAUGGGAAGACAUGUUGCAAGUUUAUGUUCAUUUCUCUCUGAUUUUAUUGUACGAGGUAUUCAAGGACAAAGUUGUGAGGUUACAAAGCCAGCCCCGCUACGUUUGUCAAAAAAGCCUUUUUUUCCAAAAGGGAAAAAAAAACAGUUUUGGAUUGCACUUUUGCAGAGGAAAGAAUAUGUACAUAGCAAAUGAAUGUUGAUGAAAUUUAAAAUAAUUGGUUAUGAUGCCAUUUUUGUGUGGUGUUAAGUUUUUUGGUUGUGAUUUAUCUGUAAUAAAAGAAUAAAUUGCAGUGAAUUGUGUUCAUG